UCUCCUCCGCGUCCCUGCUCAUCUGCUGCCUCCUCAUCUGCUACCUCCGGCCCGCCACUACCGCUCGCCGACGCCGUGCACGCAUGCCUAGCGCGCCACCGCCGUGGACGCUCGCCUCCGAGCGGAGCUGCGGUUGGCGAACAGGGUGGGGCGCAGCGGCCGUCCCCGGCCCGGCGGGCGACUGUGGAGGCGUCUCCCCGGUCUCCUCGAGCUCCGGCGGCAGCCUCCGGAUCCGGCCGGAGCGGACCUCGAGCGCAGCACAGAUGGCGUCCAUGGCCGGCGCGGCCCUCCUCCCUCGGCGACGCGGGUCCAUAGCCUCCCUCCUCCAUCCUGCGGCGGCUUGCAUGGCCGGCGCGGCGGAGACGGCGUCCAUGGUCGGUUCGAGAGGGCACGUCGACGGCUACCUCCAUUGCUUGCGGAUCUGCCCUCCAUGGCUUGCGGAUCCAUGGCAGCAAUGGCGGGUGCCCGCGCGGCGCCAUGGCGGUGGCAGCGGCCGGAUCCGCCCCAUGGCUGCUGCGCGCGGGGCUGGCGGCGGCCGUUCUCCUCCUCUGCCCCCUCACCUGCCGCACGCCAUGGCGGGUCUCCUCGAGGUCCACCGCGCGACUUCGGCCGGGCCGGACCUCCUCGACCUCAGCCGCGCGAGGCUGUCUUUCUUCCCGGCGCACCCCCUCGUCCCUCUCCCUCCUCCAGAUGCCGGCGUCGGCGGCAGAGGUGGGCUGCGUCGACCUCCGCCGCGCGCCAUGGCGGACCGCGACGGCCUCCGCAGCGUGCCAUGGCGAGCCACCUCGAGCUCCGCCGGCCGGAUCCGCACGCGGUCACCAUGGCAGAGCUCGUGGCGGCGUCCAGCGGCCGUGGUACCCCGCACCUGCAGUACCCACUACCUGCAGUACCCCGCACCCCAGAACGCCGGCCAGCCGGGCGGCCAGUGCCGCCGGCAUCCAUGGCCAGGAGCGCUUCGAGCUCUCCUAUUUAGGCAGGGGCGGCUCCAAAUGGUGGACCGGGUCUCGCGUUUCGUCGUCCGCCGCGCGUCUCGACGUCUCUCCGUCUCGGACUGUCUCUCGGAGUCUCUCCGAAUCCAAAUCGCUCCGCGUCUCUGCUCCCUCGGUCAGUCCGUGCAUGUUUUGGGGCAGCGGCAUGGCGCCGCGGUGGCCGGCGAGCGGCGGCCGCAGCCCCACCCCUGCAUUUCGUUGGAAGCAGUCACUUGCAUGCAGUUGCUGAGGAAUCGAUCCUGCUGCAUCAAACCCCCAGCGAGAUCUGAACCUUUCCUCCUCCCUACUAAGGUUGCAAUCCCUGUGGCUAAGAAUGAAUCUACAGAACUGACUUCUCCAAGCAGCAGGCGAUUAGCCUAAUCUGUUUCCCUGUGGUAUGCGUUAGCCUCGUCCUUUCCUGCCCACAGACAGUUAGAUGAUUAUUUCGUUUAGUUGGCUAAAUCUCUGUAAGGUGUGACAUGUCUUCUUUAUUUCUUCCCUUUACUCUCUAUUUUUUUGGUCUAUUUUUCUUUGUCAGGAUAAUAAGUUGGGUGAACAUUGCAAUAUGAAAGAGAAACAUUGCAACAUGGGGAAGAUUUUAUCUCGGAGAUGUAGGCGAUGGUGCUGCUUCUGAAGCUCAUGGUCAACAUGGUCAUGGGAAGGUGACGCAAAAUCAUUCACAUUCUUCAGCUUUGCAAUAAAAUGAUUUAACGCAUAUCAUGCUAAUUACACAUUUGAUUAUAACUAUCAACUCUGAUUUUGACUUGCUUACCUACAUCUCCUUUCUUAGUCCUUUUUCAUGCCCAGGGAGAUAUUAAUUAUGGUCCUAAAUUAAAAUUAGAAAGUCCCUUCUUCAGCUAAAGCUUAUUGUGGUUUGUAUUUCCCUUUUCCUCAUUGUUAUUUAAAUUCUGAAUACCCUACUAGGUUAAAGCUUUUUUCUGAGCCUCAGACUUCAGAAUUACAAAGCUAUUUUCCAUGGCAAUACUGCUUGUGGGUUCAUAGUCUUCAGUCUUGACCUCCCUAGCAACAUCAAAUUUCCCCUUAAACUACUGAUACACAUUAUUGUAACUACUUAAACUGAUUCUGUUUCCCCCUUUUUAGAGCAUGAAUACCUUUAUCAGAUAGAAGAUCCUGCGGCAUGAUUUUAUUUCAACCCGAAUUUCCCGCGGCAUGCAGAUAGAAGAUCUCUGCCUAGCUGCAUAUGGGGAUUUGAUUUUUGUUUCAGUAUCAGAUCGCUUCUAUAAUGCUGGAUGGGUGCCAGUAUUAUGCUGGGUUGAGUUUGUGCCCCCAUCCUCCUUCCAGUGGAAAUUUUGCUGCUGCUGUAUUUAACAUCCUAAGGUUAUUUUGACUUUUUUCUUAUAUGUUGCUCAUGUAGGUCAAGUACCUCGGAGAAGAAGGUGAAAGCACCCCUGCAGCUGGUGUUACAUUUAUUUGCUCACCCUGGGAGCUGCUGAGAAUGCUGCAGUGAUUGUGAGCCCAAAGGGAGAGGUGAAAGAAGCAAAGCAUAGGAAAAGAAUGCCAUUCUACUGUAUUUGGGGGUGACUUCACGGUGACCUGCUCAUUCUUCACGUACAACUCUGAAACUGUACCUGUCUGCCUCCGAUUUUGACCGCCCCGUCUUCUUUUCCCAUCAAGGCUG